AUGGACACCUCCAAUUCUCCUGGUGUCCCAGCAAGCGACACUACGCCCCUGAUCCCUGCAGGGGGCUCGAAGAAACCUAAAACGCCUCUUCCAAAACUCCAGAUAGGCAUACUUAUGGCGCUUCAACUGAUGGAACCCAUCGCUUCGACGUCUAUAUUCCCGUACAUCAAUCAGCUUAUCAGAGAACUUGGAAUCACUGGGGGUGAUGAUGCAGCUGUAGGAUAUUAUGCUGGAAUCAUUGUAGGUGCUGGAAUUGCGACUUGCGAGAAUGGUUUCUUCAUCGGAUAUGAUUACCAGGAGUCUCUGUUUUUCGCCGCGCAGGCACUGACAACGCUGAGGUGGAGCCGGCUGUCUGAUCGCAUUGGGCGCAAGCCGGUGUUGGUAAUUGGACUCUCAGGAGGCUGCAUUUCGAUGCUAUGUUUCGGCCUCUCGACGACCUUCUGGAGCCUUGUAAUCAGCCGCUGCAUGAGCGGUUUUCUGAAUGGCAAUGUGGGAGUCAUGAAGACUAUGGUGGGUGAAUUGACGGACUCCACAAAUAUGGCUCAGGCAUUUGCCUUCUUCCCGAUCGUCUGGUGCAUUGGAGGCUCUGUCGGUCCUUUAAUGGGUGGAACACUCGCGCGACCGCAAGAUCGUUGGCCCGCAUUGUUUGCCGGUUCAUUUUGGGGACAAUACCCAUACUUUCUGCCUUGUGCGGUGGCAGCCUGUCUGUUCCUCGUUGCGAUUCUUCUGAUGUCAAUUUUAUUAGAAGAAACAUUAUCAACAAAACGUCAACCAAGGUUGACUUCAACCACGACCGGCGUUUCAAGUAGUGCCGACACUGAAUCAAUUGCCCAACAAUCCAUGGCAAAUAUGCCCUUGCGAGAUCUGCUCACACCUACCGUUGUUAUUCCAAUUGCAAACUACGCCAUGCUCGCUUUCCUUGACAUUUCUUUCAGGGUUCUUUUGCCACUGUUCUUUUCGACGCCUACCUAUCUUGGCGGUCUUGGAUUUUCUCCUUCUUCUAUUGGGUCGUGGCUGGCGUUGUUUGGUAUCGUAGAUGGUGUCUUUCAGGCAUUAUUCUUUGCUAAAAUCGUGGAUUGGCUUAGUGCAAAGCGCCUAUUCUUUCUGGUAGUCGUAUGGCAUUUGGCAUAUGGGACUAUCUUCCUGUUUAUCACAGCCUCUGCUCCUUCAAACAACGUCCUUGGCGCUAUCAAUGGCCUUGGCCAAACCUCCGCGUCCGUGGCUCGUGCCGUUGGUCCCGCGUUGGCGACUUCGCUCUUUGCUUUGUCGAAGGAGCACAACAUUCUAGGAGGAAAUGCAGUAUAUGUCGUAUUGAUUAUGCUGGCCGGUCUCUUUAGAUGGCUGGCGUCGCAGUUGCCAGAUUUGCAAGACAGGGACGAGUGA